AUGGACCACCUAAAGAUCCACUACAACAGUUACUACCAACAUCACAAGCCCAUCCCCCGCCCAGGGAACAAACACUCCAUCCAACUCCCAACCACCGGACCCAGAACCAGCACCAUCAUUAUGUCCUCCCCCAACAACAGCAAUCGCUACGCCCAACCCCAAAGCAAUUACUACAGCCAGCAACCCAGCAUCUACGACCCGCCAAACCAGGCGGGAUAUCAUCCCCCUGGACAGAGUCAGCCUGACCAGCAGCCUCAGCCAGGAUACCCACAGCAGCAGGCCGCUUAUAACUACGCCCCACAAUCCAACCCCUCUCACCCCACCAACUCCCCAUACAUCCAUCGAGCAAAUAUCCCUCUCACAAUGACCGGAGGUCAAGUCACCGCAUACUCCGAGCCCGCUACACGGUACACAGAGUAUCGAGACAGCAGCACCAACAACGCACCGUAUACGUAUACCUAUCCCCCGCAACCCCAGAUGAUACAAGGCGAAAGCGCUUCGUAUUACGCUCCGCAGGGGGGUUCCCCGCCACCACCUUCACCUGCCCCUUCAAACCCCGCAGCUGCAGGCCCAGGUCCAGACCAAACAACCGAGAAAGGAAUAGCAAGUACCGUGACAGGCGCAGCAGCCGGUGGGAUCUUGGGCCGCAAGUUCGGAGGCGGGUUUCUCGGCACGGCGGGAGGGGCAUUGGCUGGGGCGGCGGGGAUGAAGUUCGCGAACGCAAGAGGAUGA